AACGCUCCGACCGCACUCGCCCGCGCAACUCGAAACUUUUGAUGUGUGUGCAGUGUGCUGUGCAAUGAUAAGUGAUUGUGUGACUAAUACUUAGUUGCGGCAAAAUGACCGUGCUACUCGUGUUCGGACUUUUUGUUGUGAUAGCAACAGCCCACAACAUUACGUCACUGGACGUUCCUCGAUACGGCGAUCCUCAGAAGGAGGCGCGCCUCGUCUGCCACUACGUGAGCGAGAGAGACGACCCCGCGCUGCACUCCGUCAAGUGGUACCGCGGGAACCAUGAGAUAUUCCGGUUCACGCCUGAGCAGACGCCCCCGACCCGUACCUUUAACACGACCCUGGGCGAGGUAACCAAGGGCUCCUGCAACCUGCACAGCUGCGCCAUCACCGUGGUCCUGCCGAAGACGUACAACACGAGGAUAUCCUUCACCUGCGAGGUCUCCACGGAGGGCCCGAGGUUCGCUGUCGUGAAGCAGACGAAGAAUCUGACUGUGGCUGUGAUCCUCAAAGAAGAUCCAGUCAUAUCAGGCGUGCCGAGCAGCGUACAGUUUGGUGAAGACGUUAUUAUGAACUGUACCACAGUCCCGGCCAUGCCGCCUGCGAACAUCGUGUGGUACAUCGAUGGGAAGCAAGAGAAGGUGGAGCCAUGGUCGAUUAACUACACCCGCGUGUCAGCGCCGGAUGAGUGGGGUCUCCGGAGCACCUGGCGGUACCUCCGCCUCAGAGUGAACACCACCAGGGGCUCCGUGGCGAUCCGAUGCGACGCCAUGCAGCCAACAUGGCCCCCCUAUAUAAGGUCCACCAACGCUAGCCUGGUGGUGGCUAGAUCACCCCAUCUGUCUAUGUUCACUGCUUCUGGUUCGUGUCCAACCAUCACGGAGUCAGUUAUGGUAAUAGCGGCGUGCUUGUCGUCAGUACAUAUAUUUUCUAAAUACAGUGCCUUGAGUGAAGUCUAAUCGGUACAGCCGAUGAAAGUAGAGCAUAGUUAGGUAAUAAUUGUCACCCUUGAUGCUAGCUCACCAUGGUUAAGUUUAUUAUCCCCACUAAUCCACCGUUGGAUUUCCCUUAACUCCUUUUACAGUUCUAUAACCCCCUAAGCAAUAUUCCCCGACUCUUGUAAAGAUUGUCUUCUCGUCCAUGUCAGAGAUCUCAACAUUAUUUCUCUUUGUAAUUUAAGGAGGUUCGCAGAAUUGCUGACUUCUAUUGACGUUGCUUUUUAAUAUUCCAGUAAUGGCAAGAACCUAUUUACAAGUCAUUAUUCUUAUUUAAACAAUACUAUAUUAACAAGGAUGAGGUCUAGGGAAACGAAUUUUUUUCCUAAUAAAUUCUAUUUUCAACUUCCAGUUU